GGCGGCGGGCGGGCCGGGCCCGGCGAGCCCGGAGCCGCCCGGAGGAAGAGGGGCCCGGGCCCGCUGGCCACCGCCUACCUGGUCAUCUACAACGUGGUCAUGACCGCAGGGUGGCUGGUCAUUGCGGUCGGCCUGGUCAGGGCGUUCCUGGCCAAGGGGGACUACCACAGCCUCUACUACUCCGUGGAGAAACCACUCAAGUUCUUCCAAACGGGAGCGCUCCUUGAGAUUUUGCACUGUGCUGUGGGGAUCGUCCCCUCUUCGGUGGUCCUGACAUCCUUCCAAGUGAUGUCCAGGGUGUUCCUGACCUGGGCGGUGACUCACAGUGUCAAGGAGGUGCAGAGCGAAGGCAGCGUGCUCCUGUUCGUCGUGGCGUGGACCAUCACAGAAAUCAUCCGCUACUCGUUCUACACCUUCAGCCUUUUGGAUCAUCUUCCGUACCUCAUCAAGUGGACCAGGUACACACUGUUCAUCGCUCUCUACCCCAUGGGUGUAACCGGGGAGCUGCUGACCAUCUAUGCCGCACUGCCUUUCGUCCGCCGGGCUGGCCUCUACUCCGUCAGCUUGCCCAACAAGUACAACUUCUCCUUUGACUACCAUGCCUUCCUCAUCCUCGUCAUGUUCUCCUACAUUCCACUGUUUCCCCAGCUCUAUUUCCACAUGUUGCGCCAGCGCCGGAAGCUCCUCGCCCCGCCUGAGGGGCCCAAGAAGUCUGAGUGACUCCAGCCUCCUCCCAUUCCCCCGGCCCCACUGUGUCCCAGUAGCCUGAGCCUGGGGGUGCUGAUCGUCGACAAGCCAUUCUCCGUCCUCACUGGGACCUGCCGGGCCAUGGCUGGGAACCGCGAGACCCUGGGCUGUCGGCCCCAGCGUCCCGCGCUGAGCCGGGACUCCGCACCAGGGCCUGCAGCCUACCCCUCCCCUGGGAGCCCAGUUGAUGGAGAUCAUCAUUCCCACCGUUGAAGAGCGGCUCUUCAGGCCCCGAGCUGAUCCAGGGUGGGAGGGUGAGAGGCUGGGUCCUACAUCCUGUCCCUUUCCCGGGAUCGUGGUCAAUAAAGGUCAUCGUUCCCACCACGGGAGAUCAGCUCUCUGAGCAGCGGGCUUUCUGGGGGUGGAAGAGCACCACCUUCUGGAAGGGGCCUGUCAGCCAUCCCCAACCUACCAAUCGGGUACAGAGCGAGAACCUCCAGCACUGGCAGAGCUUGGUAUUUGGUGCUGGAGAGAGCGCGCAAGAGGCCGAAGACACAAUCUCUGCCCUGGACAAGAGUGGGGCUUCCAGUCCAACUGUGGCCACUUUACGGCCCAGACCUUCACCCUCUGGGAUAGGCCCUGCCCUCCUCUCCCAGAGGGCCCGGGGAGGUGAGGCUGGUGCCAAGUAUGGCAUUGGUGAGGUGGGGCAUAGCGGACUUGGGGUGGCCAUAAUGGGCCCUGCCGAGCCUCUGCAAAAUGGCUCUGAUGGGGAAAUGGCAUCAGAUAGGGCUGGGGAAAGGGGCAGAAGCAUGAGCUGGUGGUCCCCUUAAUGGUUUGGUUUGGGGGCACCUCCCCCCCAUCCCCACGGAAGCAGUGGGCAGGGCGGAGUCAUUUGGGCAUGAGUGAGAGAGAGGCCACAAAUUUGGGGGAGCAGAUAGCCUUUGGUGAUGGGAGCGGGCACCACAGCCCCAUCCUCAAAGCCCUCCUGAAAUCCCAUUGCCUCCAGGAGGCCUUCCUCGACUAAUCUCACAUCUCCUCACCCCAGCUACUACUUAAAUACCAUGACGUCACCCAAACGCUUGGGCACUCACACAAUCCCAUAGUUUGCAGUACACUUUAUUGCGUCCCUGUCAGUACCUGCUGCUAGGCUCUAAGCUCCUUGAGGGCCAGGAUCUUGUCUACUAACUAUUGCACUCUCCCAAGCACUUAUGCACACAAUAUGUGAUCACUAAAUGCCACUAAUUAAUUAAUUGAUUGAAUGAUGCCCACUAGCAGAAAUAUGAUGUACUGAGCCUUUGGAAGAGUACAGCAAAAGCACGAGCCAUGUUCCCUGCCUAGAAGGAGCUUCCACUCUAAAGGGGAAGUGGACUGACAAUCUAGUGUGGAGACAGGACACACUACACACACAGUAUGCUGUGAGGAGGACAGCAAGAGGAGAAAGAGACAGUCCCUUCCCUUGGAGGGUUUCCACUUUAACCCUUGGCCUGGCAGUAAAAAUGACACUGUGUUCUUUCAAAUCACCUUUGUAUGUUUUUUUUGUUCUGUAAAUAAACUUGUAACUUUAGGUCUGGAUUCCCUUUAA